CUCUAAGGAGUUCCUAAAGGACCUGAACAAAUUGCCGGGAAGUUAUCUGUCACGACGCUCCCAGUGAGACUACAAACAAUCAAUAUGGUCUUGAGAGGCUGAGGAAAAGGGUCCAGCUCCAGCAGAACAAACCAUCCUGCCUCUUCACAAGGAUUAGAAUUGGAGGCCUGACAAAUUCCACCACAUGCAUUCAUUUCGAUUUUAACCUACUCCAGCUUAGCUUUACUUGGACUCGAAACGGGAAAGCCCAGAGCAUCCAGCCAAAGAUCAGUGAGAAGUCAGAGACUAAUGUUGACCCAGCUCUACAGGACACACCUCGCGGUUACAGUAAGAAGGGGGGAAGAAAAAAAACAACUAAAGCGGAAUGCGGUUGUUGUUCCAAAUAACAACAGCAAUGGGUAACGAUUUAGGAGUGCUGCAGAAUUGACCAAGAGGAAACUCAGAUUACGCAAUGGCCCGAUCUCGUCGGUACAGUCUCCGAGAGGGACACUCCCACAGAGAAGAGCAUAAAAGAAUACGGAGCAAUCAGGGCUGAUCAUCUGCGCGGUGCCAGUGAGCAGAGAACAGCCCUCCACUCUUCCCUGAUGGGACCAUGAGCUCCUGUUAUGGCUCCUUCCAGGCCCCUCCCAGGGGCGGCUGGGCCCGGCCCGGGAAGAUCUGGAGGGCCCCCAGCGUCCACGGAGGAGCUGGUGGGAUCUGUAUCUCCGUUUCCUCCACCAGACCAUUCUGCGGGGCCUCUUGGGAGAGGGGAUAUGGAGGCGGCUUCGGAGGGGGUGGUGAGAAGAGAGGCCUUCUGGGCGGGAAUGGCAAAGAGACCAUGCAGAACCUGAACGAGCGCCUGGCGGCUUAUCUGGAGAAGGUCCGUUCCCUGGAGGCAGCCAAUACUAAGCUGGAGAGCCGGAUCUUGGAGUGGCAUAAGAAGAGAGACCCUGACAAGAAGCAAAACUAUACUGUUUAUGAAGAAAACAUCAACACUCUGCAAGAACAGAUCGUGGAUGGCAAGCUUAACAAUGCCAAGAUUGUCCUUCAGAUUGACAAUGCCAGAAUGGCAGUAGAUGACUUCAGUUUCAAGUAUGAGAAUGAGCUUUCAUUCACAAAUGACAUGGAAGUUGAGGUUGAGGCACUGCGUAAGAUUUUAGAUGAUCUGACCAUUAUCACCACAGAUCUGGAAAUGGAGGUUGAAGGUAUGAGGGAGGAACUCAUCCUCAUGAAGAAGAAACAUGAACAGGAAAUUGCGACCCAUUGCAUGCCAAAUGAUUUCAAGGUCAAUGUAAAGGUGAAUGCAACUCCUGGGGAAGAUCUUGUUAAGAUCCUAGAGGAUAUGAGGAAGGAAUAUGAGGUCAUCAUUACAAAAAAACGCAAAGAUUUGGACACCUGGUACAAAGGAAAGUCAGCCUCCGUUUCCCAGGACACUGGCAUAGAAGUUGUGAAGACCAAUAAAAGUGACAUCAACGAGCUAAGGCGUACUUUCCAGGCCCUGGAGAUUAACCUGCAAGCCCAGCGGAGCACAAAGAGUGCCUUGGAAGCAAUGCUGGAUGAGACUAAAGCUCGCAACUCCUGCCAACUUCAGAACAUGCAACAGGUCAUCUCCCACUAUGAGACCCAACUGGCCCAGCUACGCCAUGACCUAGAACGGCAGAAUAAUGAGUAUAAGAUCCUCCUGGGCAUCAAAACACACCUGGAGAAGGAGAUUGCCACAUACCGCCAGCUCAUGGAGGGAGAGGGUAAUGGGGGGAUGGAUGAUUCUAAAUCAACUAGGAAAGAGUCCACUAAAUCUGCUGCACCAAAGAUCAAGGCUAUCGUGCAGGACAGUGUGAAUGGGAGAGUGGUCCUUUCCCAAGUGAGCGAGAUCCAGUAGAGCAUAUGAAGCAAAGAAAACUUCCUGACAAACAGGAAAUACGAUGCUGUUUUUCCUGCCCUGCCUGGGUAGGAGCACAUGUGGGUGUGUUCUACAUGGUGGAUUGGGAGCUCUAAUUUUAUCUACCUGAAGUCUUUCUCUAACUUGUUCUUCAAGCCCUGACUGACAUCCCAGAGAGCUUUCCCAAGCUCAUCCUCUGCCCCCAUCUCUCCACUGUAUUGUAACAUUUGGAGUUUAUCAUAAUUAAUUUCUAUAUUUUCUAAUACGAUUUCCUAUCAGCUGCAUUAAGUAUACUUUUGUGAUUGUACAGAUAGGCAGAAACUCAAGAGUUAGCUAGCUCUUACACUUAACUCCCAGCAUGUUUCCACGUCCUCCAAAAUAAACUCCUUCUAUCUCACGAAGAUCAUUCAGUUUCACUUACUAUCCCAGUCUUAAGACCCAAACUUUCAGAAAGUUAUUUUUUGUACCUAACCUUUAUGUGAUUUGAUUCCGUUCUCACUUGGACUUUCCUCGGUGAAAGGAGGACAGCCAGUACAACUUCCAUCUCUUUAUACCAACUCUUCAAAAACUUCCUAACUGUGAUUGUUAUUUAUGUACCUCAUAGCUUUCGCUAAACUCCCAUGUGGUUUCUGUUUCUCAUUGCCCUUCUCUGGAUCUUCUCGUAUAUUUGCUUCAGUUUCCUUAACUUGGGGAGAUUUCCCAAAUGAAGAUCUAAAUAGUAUGGCGUUGCUCAAGAUCCUCUCAUGGCUCUUACAAGCUAUGCUCCACUUAACUGCAUUCCCAAGUUGUCACCACACACAGACGCUUACAGAAUGUUGUUAGGUACGUUCCAGGUCAACAACUGAGUCACAUAACCACUCCGAAAGCAAAUCUCCAAUCAAUUGUGUGUCCACCUUAAAAUAGAAUGCCCUGGAUCUUAGAAAUCCGGCUAGCUAAUGGAUUUUCUAUCAUCUACAUCCAAGAGCAUGAUCCCUGAGCAAAAGGACAGGUAAAGAGGAAAUAUUUAAGAGGCUUGAGAAAUUGCCAUCUGAACCAAAGGGAGAGAGACAUAAGGAGGCAGAAAGGAAGUGUAGAUGCAGAACAUCAGAACUGAUAUGACACAAAAAUAUUGAGCUUGACCAUCUGAAAGAAAUCUAGAACUGGGAAGGAAAAGAGACUGCCUGGAUUAGAUAGCUAAUAAGUGACCUAAAUGAUUUGGAUCCCAUACCGAUAGUUCCAGAAUCUCAGACUAGAGACUUCUACCCUGGAUCAAUCAAUCAAUCAAUCAUAUGUAUUGAGCACUUACUCAGAAUACUAUACUAAGCACAUGGGAGAGUAGAAUAUAACUGAGUUGGUAGACAUGUACCCGGCCCACAAGGAGCUAAAAGUCUAGAGUCUGAAUAAGACUACCAUGGGCAAAAAAAUUACAUGAGGGAAAUGUCAGUAGAAACGCCUUCAGAAUAUUAUGCUUAGUCAAUCAAUGGAAUUUACUAAGUUCCUACUGGGUGCUAGGCACUGUACUAAGCACUUGAUAGAAUUCAGCAACAGCAAGACACAUGCUUGCUGCCACACAAUCAGGCUCACAAUCAGAGCUGAUAACUUGUUUAUUUUGUUAAAAGCAGAGCCAUCUAUCUUUUGGACCAGAUUACCUAAAUCAAUCAAUCAAUGGUAUUUAUUGAGUGCUUACCGUGUGCAGAGCACUGUACUAAGCACUCGGGAGUGUACGACUCAACAGAGUUGGUAGACACAUUCCCUGCCUGCAAUAAGCUUACACUCUAGAAUUACAGUCUACAGUCUAAAGUUUUAUCUGAACUAGAUAAUAACUGGCAGAACUGGGCUGACUGGGCACUACGGACUAAUUGAGCCAUCUCCCAGCAAGGAUGAUUGGACCUGGGAGGUUCUUCUUACGCAGUAUCAUGUACACCAUUUCACAUCACUGCUUUGCUCAAAGAGAUUCUAAUCCACAGAGUAGAUCAAAGGGAAAAAGGGAAUCGUCAACUCUUCCUGAAAAAACUUUUGAGUUUUUGCAUGAUACAGUCAACUAAAAGAUGGUGGGGAGAUAUGCAAAGUUUAGACUGCAAAGGAAGACAAAUUAAUGAACAGUUCUAUGAUAACGUGCUCUAUUUUCAUGCUAAAACAUAUCUCAAGUGACCUAGAAAUAUCGCAGAAGUUGCAAAAUAAAAUAUGACUCUCAAAAUUCAGAAAUUA